UUCCACCAUGGUUUUUAAUUCGCCCUUCAAAUCUUUAUGCCUACGAGAGCAUGGACAUCGAGUUUGAGUGCGCCGUGGCUGGAAAACCCGUGCCUACGGUGGAGUGGAUCAAGAAUGGAGAAGUCGUCAUCCCUAGUGACUAUUUUCAGAUAGUGGGUGGCAGCAACUUACGGAUUCUGGGCUUGGUAAAGUCAGAUGAAGGUUUUUAUCAGUGCGUGGCUGAAAACGAAGCUGGAAACGCGCAGGCCAGUGCACAGCUCAUCAUCCCAGAGCCUGCUGUCCCAAGUUCCAGUGUCCUCCCCUCUGCCCCCCGAGAUGUGGUCCCUGUUUUGGUCUCCAGCCGAUUUGUCCGUCUCAGCUGGCGCCCACCCGCAGAACCCAGAGGCAGCGUCCAGACGUACACGGUCUUCUUCUCCAGGGAUGGCGUCAACAGGGAACGGGCUGUCAACACAUCUCAAGCCGGGCUCCUUCAACUCACCGUGGGCAACCUGAAGCCGGAGGAGACCUACACCUUCCGAGUGGUGGCCUACAACGAGUGGGGCCCAGGAGAGAGCUCGCAACCGGUCAAGGUGGCCACCCAACCGGAGCUGCAAGUCCCCGGGCCGGUGGAGAACCUACGGGCUGUGUCUACCUCACCCACCUCCAUUCUGGUCUCCUGGGAUCCCCCAGCCUACGCAAACGGUCCCGUUCAAGGCUACAGGCUCUUCCUCACGGAGACGGCGACGGGGAGGGAGCAGAACGUGGAGGUGGACGGGCUCUCCUACCGUUUGGAGGGGCUGAAGAAGUUCACCGAGUACAACCUCCGCUUCCUCGCCUACAACCGCUACGGCCCCGGCGUCUCCACCGAGGAUGUGACGGUCACCACGCUCUCAGAUGUGCCCAGCUCGAUGCCUCAGAACGUCUCCUUGGAAGUGGUCAACUCCAGGAGCAUCAAAGUUAGCUGGUUGCCUCCACCACCGGGUACUCAAAAUGGAUUUAUUACAGGCUAUAAAAUCCGACACAGAAAGACUACCCGCAGGGGCGAGAUCGAAACGCUGGAGCCAAACAACCUCUGGUACUUGUUCACAGGACUGGAGAAAGGAAGCCAGUACAGUUUCCAGGUGGCUGCCAUGACAGUGAACGGGACGGGUCCCCCCUCGGACUGGUACACGGCGGAAACGCCCGAGAACGAUCUGGACGAAUCUCAGGUUCCUGACCAGCCAAGCUCUCUUCACGUCAGGCCCUUGACAACGAGCAUCGUCAUGAGUUGGACUCCGCCGCUCAACCCGAACAUCGUGGUCCGCGGGUACAUCAUCGGCUACGGCGUGGGCAGCCCCUACGCGGAGACCGUGCGGGUGGACAGUAAACAGCGCUACUACUCCAUUGAAAAUUUGGAGCCGAAUUCCCACUACGUGAUUUCCUUAAAGGCCUUCAACAACGCCGGCGAAGGGGUGCCGCUCUACGAAAGCGCGACCACCAGGUCCAUGACAGACCCCAUUGAUCCAUUAGAAGUUGAUUUUUAUCCUUUGCUUGAUGAUUUCCCUACCUCAGUCCCAGAUAUCUCCACCCCCAUGCUCCCACCAGUAGGUGUCCAGGCUGUUACACUUACUCAUGACGCAGUGAGGGUCAUCUGGGCAGACAACUCUGUCCCAAAGAACCAAAAGACAACGGAGGUUCGCUUCUACACGGUCCGAUGGAGAACGAGCUAUUCGACAAGUGCUAAGUACAAGUCGGCAGAUACCACCGCCCUGAGUCACACCGUGACGGGCCUGAAGCCCAACACCAUGUACGAGUUCUCCGUCAUGGUCACCAAAGGUCGGAGGUCCAGCACCUGGAGCAUGACGGCCCACGCCACCACCUAUGAAGCAGCUCCAACCUCUGCUCCCAAGGAUUUGACAGUCAUCACGCGGGAAGGGAAGCCCCGGGCUGUCAUUGUCAGCUGGCAGCCACCAUUGGAAGCCAAUGGAAAAAUUACUGCUUACAUCCUCUUCUACACGUUGGACAAGAACGCUCCCAUCGACGACUGGAUGAUGGAGUCCAUCAGCGGCGACCGCCUCACCCACCAGAUCAUGGACCUCAACUUGGACACCGUCUACUACUUCCGAAUCCAGGCUCGCAACGCCAAGGGAGUGGGACCCCUCUCCGAUCCCAUUUUCUUCCGGACUCUGAAAGCCGAGCACCCUGACAAAAUGGCUAAUGACCAAGGGCGUCACGGGGAUGGUUCCUACUGGCCGGUGGACACCAACAUGAUAGACAGGAGCAGCCUCAACGAGCCUCCCAUCGGGCAGAUGCACCCUCCCCACGGCAGCGUGACCCCCCAGAAGAACAGCAACCUCCUCGUCAUCAUCGUGGUCACCGUGGGCGUCAUCACGGUGGUGGUGGUGGCCGUGGUGGCCGUCAUCUGCACCAGGCGCUCCUCGGCACAGCAGAGGAAGAAACGUGCAACUCACAGUGCUGGUAAAAGGAAGGGCAGCCAGAAGGACCUGAGACCCCCAGAUCUGUGGAUACAUCAUGAAGAGAUGGAAAUGAAGAACAUCGAGAAGCCAGCAGGCUCGGACCCGGCGGGAAGGGACUCCCCGAUGCAGAGCUGCCAGGACAUCACCCCCGUCAGCCACAGCCAGUCAGAAACACAGCUGGGCAGCAAGAGUGCUCCACAACCCGGGCCCGAGGCAGAAGAUGUUGGAAGCAGCAUGUCCACGUUGGAGCGCUCGCUGGCUGCCCGCAGAGCCACCCGGGCCAAGCUCAUGAUCCCCAUGGAUUCACAACCCAACAACCCUCCCGUGGUCAGUGCCAUCCCGGUGCCAACCCUUGAGAGUGCCCAGUACCCCGGGAUCCUGCCGUCCCCCACCUGUGGAUACCCCCACCCCCAGUUCACCCUUCGCCCGGUGCCCUUCCCGACCCUCUCCGUGGACAGGACCUUCGGAGCAGCAAGAACGGUAAAUGAAGGAGCAGCACCUCAGCAGCCUUCCAUGCUCCCCCAGCCCCAACCUGAGCACUCCACCACCGAGGACGCCCCCAGCAGAACCAUCCCCACCGCCUGCGUCCGCCCCACGCACCCGCUCCGCAGCUUCGCCAACCCCCUGCUACCUCCCCCCAUGAGUGCAAUAGAACCCAAAGUCCCUUACACGCCACUUCUGUCCCAAACAGGGCCCAACCUCCCCAAGGCUCAGGUGAAAACGGCAUCCCUUGGCUUGGCGGGGAAAGCCAGGUCACCUCUGCUGCCCGUCUCGGUCCCCACGGCCCCGGAGGUCGCGGAAGAAGGCCACAAGCAGACGGAGGACGCCACCAACGUUUACGAGCAGGAUGAUCUGAGCGAACAGAUGGCCAGUUUGGAGGGGCUAAUGAAGCAACUCAACGCUAUCACAGGCUCAGCCUUCUAACAGCUCUUGAUGAAGCGAUAAUUAUCCCGGAGCAUUGCAGCAAACCAGGAUUUCACGCCUACCACCCACGUCCACCACCCCAUCAAAUCAUCUCCUCGCCGGUACGCGCAAGGAAAACGCCUGCAAAGUUCUAAAAGGAAUGAUAAAAUGAAGAAAAAAAAGGAAAGAAUAUGGAUGGAAACGUGCCGGAAGUGUAGACCUGGCGUCUCAAGCGAUGGAAGGGUGGCAAGGCGCGGUGACAUCACCACGAUGUCAUAGCCAAGGCCACCAGCUUGCUCAUGUUGAUCUAUUAGUCUUCGUAGAGCUCGAGUUGUUCCUGACUAACUCAUGUUUUACUCCGUAGAGGUUGGUAGCUCUUUGUCUAGGUCUAGUCUUUACCUCAUGCAAGUCUGUUUUUGAAACCUAGCCCACACCGUUAACGAGACGGCGCCGUAGGUCACUCGUUUGGGUUUUGUUUUUCUUUAAAAAAUAGGCAAUUCCUGACUGUGAAAAAACCCGUAGGGAAUCAUCACCACCACCACCAAAAAUCUGGAAGUUCUCCCCAAACAGCACAAAAGGGACAAAUCACUAAUUUCUUUGGUUGUCUCCAUGGCUCAUCUCUUCGAAGUCGGGGGAAUGGGGGGGACACGAGCUGGUUGCUGUUGAAUUCCACCAUUUUAGCAAAUCCUCCCGUCGUUAAUGUUUUACAUGUGGCAAACAGAGAACCCAGGAAUGUCAGAAAAAAAGAGAAGAACACAAAAAAAAAGGUCCACAUUGGUGGCCCACUUGGAAAAGGAGGAGGUAAUAUGCAAUUUUCUCCGACACGCCGUCAUUCCGUGCUUAAACCUGGCAUCAAACAGGGGUGGCCUUUGUGAGGGACCACCCUACGAUGACACCGGGGCCACCGGAGAGAGAAACGGAGCUGAAGUUUCCCCCUGGGGAUGGAGGACCCCUCCACCUGGGAUGAGGAUGGGCAGAGGAUGAGGAUGGGCAACAGGCUCAACAAGCCUUGGAGAGGAACCACGGAGUGAAGAACCCCUAAAUUAAUUAGGAGGGGCUUUUCCUUAAUAAUUCCUGCUUGGGAUGGGCAGUAUUCCAUGGGAGGAGGGAGCAAGGAGCACGGAGAGAAGUAGGACACCCUGAACCAUCCAUCUUUAGGGAUUCCCUCUCCUUGUCCUGGAGCUUCAGCUGGGCGUUACGGUGUUUAUCGACAACCAAAACUGGUUGAAUAGCCUAAAUUUGCUAAAUUUCAAGCUGCAUCCAGCGUUAAUCCCUGUUUAUGCAGCUGAAUCACCAAAAGGCAGCUCAUUUGCAUAUUUAUCAGUUAGGAGGCUGCAAAACCCAAUGAGAGAGUUUCAGAUGAAUUAUUCCAUUCAGCUCUUGCCUUUGAUUUCAAGCUUGAGUGGGUCAUAAUUUUAAAAGAGCAUGGAAAGGAUAGGAUCUUUACAACCUAAUAGCUCCUUUUAUUAGGUGGGUAAUUAUAUGUGAAUCUCCGAAUAAAAUAUUUUGAGUAAAAUGGCACCGCAACAGAAGUAAUAAUUCAGAUUAUUUCCUACGGCUGGAAAGGAAAUCAGAUGUCAAGGAAGGAUUCAAAUGCUUCAUUAGGAACUCCAGUGUGUUUGUGAAAAUGCCCCUUUAAAAAUGCCUUGUUAUUCAAUUUACUCAAGUCUUUUAAUGAAAUACUGCUCAGGAGGGGCGGGGGAAAUCAGGGCUGCGUGGAAGGCUGAGCUUCCCAGUUAGCAUCACAGUUCUGAGAGAUUUGUAACCCAAACCCUCUACUUAAAAUAAAACGCACAAAUCUUUCCCCAUGAAAAGCCAGCUCAGCUGUUAGACCCUAUAAAAUCAUAAAAUCACCACCUCCUUUUAUUUUUUUUCCUCGAAAAAUAAAGGCUCAGCGCAGCUCUGACAUUGUCGAAAGAGGAACAGAAGGUCAAACCUGUCUCUGGUUUUAUCGGGGAUGAAAUAUCUCCUUCCCCUGGAUUUGCAGCAGGAGAGCUGGGAACAGGAGCUGCCCCCAGGGCCAGUUAAAAAACUCAAUUAUUCCCUUUAAACACCGAGGUUUUGGGGUUGUUUUUUUUUUUUUAAUUUUUCCUUCACCUCCCCUGAGCUACUAAAUUUGGGUGUCGUUGCCCUAAGGAGCCUUGGAGACGUUCCCAACCUUCGUUUGGGGGCGAUUUUAGUGUAAUUCCUAAUUAAUUAGUAAGCAGGCAUCGCUUUUCAAAUUUCACUUUACGUGUGAACUGCCUGACUUGCAAAACUCAAACGAGAUUAUUUUUUUUUAGCAUAAAUCUUCCCCGUCACAUUUUGCUGACGCUCUAUUUAUUUGCAUUGAGCUUGGCCAGGAGAAUUCCUUUGGAUUUUGAUGAAUUUUUUAACUGCUGGAAUAUUUGUAGCCCGUGGCUACCACCAGAAAAAUGGGAUGAGAAACCUGGGCUUGUGAAGGUUGCUGGUACCAUGGAAGAUCUUUAGCUGAGGGCUGCCCUAAACAGAUGGAAAAAACCACCAGAGCCAAAAAAAUAUAUAUUUUUUUCCUCCCCCCCCCCUUUUUUUCUGCUUGAAGACCUAAAAAUGGAGCAAUAUCCACGGGUCAAAAGGCUGAGGGCUCCUUAGCUCAACAUCUUGAGUCACCAUCCCUGGACGUGUUUAAGGGCCGUUUAGAUGGGGUACUGAGGGACAUGGUGUAGGGGAGGACUUUGUAGAGUAGGGUAGAUGGUUGGACUCGAUGAUGCCAAGGGUCUCUUCCAACCUGAAUGAUUCUAUGAUCUUUGUGGACUGCUUAGAUGUUCCCAUCUGGGGAGAAGGUUCAGUCACUUGGGAGAAGGUUCAAUCACUUGGAGAAACUCUUUAAUUCUUGAAAGAGGGUGGAUGAUCUGCUUGUUCUCUUUGCCUGUGAUCUUGAUAACCUCACAAUUUAGGGCUGGAGAUCUCUACUGCCAAAAUUUUGCCCUAGGGUUUGUGGUGGCACUUCUCAGGGAGUGAGGACCAUCGCGUGGGACAUGGCUUAGUGGUGGUUUUAUCAGUGUUGGGUUGACGGUUGGACUCGAUGAUCUGAAAGGUCCCCUUCCAACCCAAACCAUUCCAUGAUUCCAUGAUAUCCCCUGUACUGGUCUGGCUGUUUGUCCACCCCCUUCUUUGGGAACUGGUGAUUCCCAACGAAGAGGCAGCCAGAAACUGGAGAAGCACAACCAUAGUCAUGUAGCUCCGAGCAGGAUUGACUUCUCCAGGUUUCCCCAGCAGGUUUGGAAAUGCCUCAAAGGUUUCUCCUUGCCCUCCCCACGUCACGCAGCCACCAGCAAUGACCAUCCCAAUGUGCUCUGGCCACUUUGCACUGGUAGCAAUGGGGUCCCAUGUGGCUUGGGACAUGGUGUGUUGGAUGUUGCUGUAAGAUUCUGCCUCAAAGUGGCCGUUUUUUGCAUCCACACUCCUCGAGCCUCAUCUUUUAGCAACUUCAGUACUUUUUUAAAGGAGCAUCUUUUCACCAACCUCUGUCCUCAGCCACCUCCUUAAAAACCAGCUUAGGUGGGAUGCUGUGCAUUGGGCUUGAGUCCCUCCUUGACAUUUCUCCAGCUGAAAUUAAUUUUUCAAGUGUUUCUCCAGAGCUUCUGGCCAUGUUUGUGGUCCAUGCUCACUCGCUCUGGCAUCUUCUCCCAAAACACAGCAGCACAACCCGGAGAACUCCAGGCAAGGUGAUGGCAGGGCUGGUUCCCACCUGGAAGGAUGGUGCUGAGGUAACGGUUGAGGCCACCUCGGGGUCCUUCCAGCCCUUGGGAAGUAUCAGGCUUCUUCUAAAGUGGGAGCGGAUGGUGUAAUUCCUGCUGUAGCUCAUCAAGGGUCCUCCAGGACACCUUCCUACCUGCUACCUAAGGCUGAAUCCACACCCAAGAUGCUCCCACAGGCUACCGGCAACCCGCAUGGACCACCUUCAGCCAUCCCCAUGGUGACACCAGGGGAGAGCUGGGAUGUCACCGAGGAGCUCAGAAAAUCCAAAAUAGUUGGAAAAGGAAAGGCUGGUGGGAAGAGAAGGCGGCGAAUCUGCAACACGUCUGAGAUGGAUGGAAAAAGUGGAGUUCUUCCCAAAAAAUCAUGGCUUCGUAGAUGAUCCAAGAUUGUUUUUCCUGUUGGCUUCAUUUCCCCACGUCCCCCUUGGCUGCUCAGUGUCCUGUCUGGUGUCGAGCUGGCUUCUCGGAGGCUCCAUGACCUGGUUUUUUGGGGUUUCUUUGGUGGUUUUUUGGUUUUUUUAACGUUCUCAGCGAGAGGCAUUUGAACGCAUCCUCAUCCUGGGGCUCGGGGUGGCUGGAGGGCCCCCCUCUACCCCCCCCGGGGACCAUCCUGCUUCACUGUGUGCUCUCCGUGGAAUUCCUGGGGUGAGGAAUCAGCCCCGGGAGGAGAAGGGACGAUGCUCUUUUUAUUCUUGUAACAUAGAACCUCGGCGACUCCCACGUCGGCGAAUCGCCGCCUUGUUGGGGACCGGGGUGGUUUUG